GGGGGGUGUAAGGCGUGUAUAGCCAGUCCCAGUGUGGUGGAAAAGGGAGGGUAGCGGGAGAGAAAGGAAUGAGACUCGGGCGGAGCUAACUCCGGGUGCGAAGCUGGCCAUGGAGGAACGCGGGUCUCCCGACGACGGGUAAGGAGAGAUUGUGGGAGGUAAGAGGAGCCGCUGGGCUCAGGGAUGGUAACUCACGUUGCGGCCACAGGGACCCCGUGCGGAGCCUGGAGCAGGGGCCAGAGGGGCCAGAAACGCCCAUCCAGGUGGUACUCAGAGUGCGUCCCAUGAGCGCGGCGGAGCUGCGUCGAGGGGAACAGAGCGCGCUGCACUGCUCGGGGACCCGGACUCUGCAAGUGAGCCCCCCCGGCGGCGGCCCCGACGUGGCGUUCCGCUUCGGCGCCGUGCUGGACGGGGCGCGCACGCAGGAGGACGUGUUCCGGGCGUGCGGCGUGCGGCGUCUGGGCGAGCUGGCGCUGCGCGGCUUCUCCUGCACUGUCUUCACCUUCGGCCAGACCGGCUCCGGGAAGACCUACACCCUGACCGGGCCUCCUCCGCAGGGCGAGGGGGUGCCUGUACCCCCCAACCUAGCCGGCAUCAUGCAGAGGACCUUCGCUUGGCUGUUAGACCGGGUGCGGCACCUGGGAGCCCCUGUCACCCUCCGCGCCUCCUAUUUGGAGAUCUACAAUGAGCAGGUUCGAGACCUACUGAGCCUGGGAGCUCCCCGGCCUCUCCCUGUUCGCUGGAACAAGACCCAGGGCUUCUAUGUGGAGCAGCUGCGAGUGGUGGAAUUCGGGAGUCUGGGGGCCCUGAUGGAACUGAUGCAAAUGGCAAACCACAUCCCUCUGCCCCUUCGGACCUCCAGACCCUUCCAGCUUGUUGAAGGUCUUAGCCGUCGACGGAGCUCAGCUCACAGCCUGAACCAGGCCUCCAGCCGAAGCCAUGCCCUGCUCACGCUCUACAUCAGCCGCCAAACCAUGCCUCCAGUGGACCCUGGGGAGCCCCCCGUUGGUGGGAAGCUGUGCUUUGUAGACCUGGCCGGCAGUGAGAAGGUGGCGGCCACGGGAUCCCGUGGGGAGCUGAUGCUUGAGGCAAACAGCAUCAAUCGCAGCCUGCUGGCCCUGGGUCACUGCAUCUCCCUGUUACUGGACCCACAGCGGAAGCAGAGCCACAUCCCCUUCCGGGACAGCAAGCUCACCAAGCUGCUGGCAGACUCGCUGGGGGGACACGGGGUCACCCUCAUGGUAGCCUGCGUGUCCCCUUCAGUCCAGUGCCUCCCUGAGACUCUCAGCACCCUGCGAUAUGCAAGCCGAGCUCAGCGGGUCACCACUCGGCCACAGGCCCCCAAGUCACCUAUGGCAAAGCAACCCCAGCAUUUGGAGAUGGAGAUACUGCAGCUCCAGGAGGAGAACCGCUGCCUGCGGUCCCAACUGGGCCAAGUACACCCCAAGGCCUCAGGGCUCAGUGGGGCCCGGGUGGCCUGGGCCCAGCGGAACCUCUAUGGGAUGCUGCAGGAGUUCAUGCUGGAGAAUGAGAGGCUCCGGAAAGAAAAGAGCCAGCUGCAGAGUAGCCGGGACCAGGCCCGGGAUGAGCAGCGGGUCCUGGCCCAGCAGGUGCACGAGCUGGAGCGGCGCCUCCUCUGUGCCUGCUCCCUUCACCUGCCAAACCCCGGCCCAGCCCCACCGUGUCCCUGUGUGAUGGCACCAGCUCGCCCCUGCCACGCCCUGCCGCCCCUCUGCUCCUGCCCCUGCUGUCACCUGUGCCCCUUGUGCCGAGCACCGUUGGCCCACUGGGCCUGCCCACACAGGGGGCUCCAGCUGCCGCAGGUGUUUGGCCCUAAGACCCCAGGUGGCCUGGCUCUGUCUGCCCAGCCCCCACCCUGGGCACCCCCAUGCAAUCCUGACUCUGCCGAGUUCCCGAGAGAGAGGAGUCAUAGCGACUGGACUAGGACCCGAGUCCUGGCGGAGAUGUUGAUGCAAGAGGAGGUGGUGCCCUCUGCACCGCCCCUGCCCAUGGGGCCUCCAGACGCGUCACCAGUGCUGAGAGGCGGGGCUGCAGUUCCAAACCUAGCCCGGAGACUGGAGGCCCUCAGAGACCAGAUUGGCAGCUCCCUGCGACGCGGCCGGAGCCAGCCACCCCCCAGCGAGGGUACACGGAGCCCCAGCCGAGUCCUGCCUCCCUGCUGAGGGCAGAACACACCCCAGAGACCCCCGUGUGACCCUGGUCUGGGCUCUGCGCUCCUGGGUUUCAACCUCCCCAUCUGUGAAAUGGGAACAACGGCUGCUGCUUCCCUCUGCGACUGAGAGGGCAGGGGAGAGUUCCUCAGGGCUGCGGGUGGGGGCUGUGGGGCAGUUUGGGGGAGCAAGGGGAGGGUGCCACCCCAGACUGUGAGAAAUGUGGCCGGAUCUUGGAGAAAUCAGGCUGCAGGUGGUGAAAUAGACGAAUAAAGAGAGGUGUCCGCUCCAAGACUGGUCGGUCAUGUCUCCGGGUGUCCAGGCACUUCCGCGUGGGGGAGUCACAGAGAGGAGGGGUUCUCAAGGGAAUCUGAGGAGGAGGCAAGGACUCGUGGCAGAGGGGUGUGCCCCCUCUGAUCAGGAAUAUUCCAGGUUCCCAUCCCCUUCAUAUACAAGUUUUAAUUGAGCUGCUACUACAUGCUGCUGGGCAGAUGUAGGGAAAUCGGAUGGUGAGUGUCUCCACGAAGGAGACCUGAGGGACACUGGUUCAGGCUCACUCGGCUGUGUAUGUGCCGGAGCUGGAGGGAUCCUGAGGUCUGAGUUCUGAUGCCACAGACUUGCUGAGACCUUGGGCAGACCCUGAACCCUCCUUGGAUCGCUUUCUGGUGUUCAGCCAGUUAGAUGGGGCGUGAAGCUCCUUGUCUGUUGAGUUCAAGUGCAGGUUAGGAGGUGAAGGAUAUCAGGAUUCCUGGCGUAAGUACUCAGUAGGAUGCAAAGGGGCUCCAGUUAGGGGGAAAUCCAUUUUAUAGUUAGGGAAACUGAGACCCACAGGGCUCGUUCCUUCCUUUGUUUGUUCGUUCGUUCGUUCAUUCAUUCAUUCAUUCAGCACUACUAGCCUCAAGGCAAUUCAAGGUGGUGAACAGGACUGACAAGGGAUAAGCCGGCUUUGCCCAGGAAGCUCACAGGGGCCAGAUGAAAGGCAGGACGUGUGACUGGGCAUUAGGGGUGUUCCACAGUGGAGACUUAGUGGAAGGCCAGCAUUCACGGAGGCAGAGUCCAGGAUGGGGGGUAAUAACCAGAUGCCACAGACCCACCGGGCUCCGCAGGGGGGGCCAUGGUUAGGUUCAUGCAUAGAACCACACACGUUCAAAUCCCGCCUCCUCACUUAACCACGAGUAAUCCUGGGCAAAUGACUUCACUGCCCUGAGCCCGAGUUGUCUUAUCAGCAGAAUGAACACGAUAAUAGGACCUCCUCACUGGACGGUCCUGGGGAUUAAGUCCCCUGAGAGAUGGCAAGAGUAACAGCACAAGGCUUUGCCUGUUGCAGAGCACUUAGCCGAAAGCAACUUUCAGUCACUAUGGUCAUUUGAUGAGAUGGACACCCUGGGUUUGGAAAAAAAUUCGUUCAACAAAUACCUACCAAGAACCCACUUUGGGCCAGCCUUGAACAAAGCGUGAGAAUCCUUACCUUCAUAGAACACAGGAAACAAGAAAAUGGGCAAAAAUGCGUGGGAACUCGGUGAUCAGUACCAUGGAGCACAAUAUAGCCGGGAGGGCCCUCUACCAGACUGGGUGCCGUUCUAAAAAGGGGGAUCAGGAAGGGGCUCGUGCAGGGAACAUUCAUGCAGAGACCUGAAGGAGGGCGGGAAGGUGAACCUGGUUAAUGCCAUGAAGUCACUUUUCUCUAGGUAGUUUUGGUGCCACCCCGGCCCCGGGUGGCUCGGCAGGUUUGAGCCCGGGGUUCCUCCCCUCCCCAGAGCCCUUAUCUCACUCACUGUAUCAUCAGGGCCUGCUUGCUGGGAGGCCUUCAGGCCCAGGCGGGGAAGGCCCCUGGCACUGAGCAUGAGAACCUUCCUCAGCUGCCUUGGGAGGGUGGACACGGACCACCCAGGGGGACCCUGGCUGUUGCUGGUUCAUUCAUGUUCGGAUGAUUCCUCCUCCUGCUGGAGCCAGCCACGGUUUUCCAGGCUCCCAGUCCAGCAACCCCCGCACUUCACUUUCCCAGAAAUAGACCCAAGGGGACCAGUGUCCAGCACCCCAUCGAAUAGGCCACGUAUCCGUCUCCCGGUCAAUAUCCUCACUCUAGAACUACCACUUGUCCAGAAUCCCGAAACCCGGGAGGAAUUUCAGAGGACCCCAGUGAUGUAUCCAGACACUUCAUGUCCAGGGGUCCUUGCUGAGAGCUUGAGGACUCCAGAGGGCACCUCUGGAACCCUGAAAGCUAUAGGCCUUCCUCAGGAUGCUAGAAUUUGGGGGCGGUUCUCUGGCUCCAUGAAAUAGGGUAGUCAUUGUCCAGAAGCUUAGAAGGUCUCUGGUACAUCAGAAAUUGAGAGAAGCUCUUGGAAACCCUGAAGCACUGUAGGAAUUUUCCAGAAUCCCAGAUCCUUAAAUGACCCCUUGGAAAUUUUAAAACUUUGUGUAGAAAUUGGGAGGGAUUCUCUGGACUCAUCGGCUUGGGGUGGAGAUGUUCAGCAGAGCUGGCAAACCUAGGUUUCAAUCUAGAUGUCUGGAGCCCUGGUUGAAUUCUCCAGGUCUUUGGGGACCCCACCUGUCAGCCAGUGUGGGAACAGGAGCAUGGCUGGAGGCAUCACCGGAGGACAGGCUUUAGGAAGGACAUGUCUGUGGGUCCUUGUGUUUCAAAGGCCGUGAGAUCUCCUCUGGGCGAUCCACCCCAAGAUAGACCCCGAAAGGUGCAGAAGGCCUGAGAGAGUGUGAAUGGCUUCUCACUCCUGUCUCUGUCUGCUUUGGCCACACCAGCCUCCCAUCACCUCCCAGAUGCGUCCUGCCUUGUCUCAGGGUCUUUCUUCCCUUUGUCUAAUGACACAUUUUCCCCAUUCAGUUUGGUAACAGCAGGUUGAUAUCGGCCCCUGUGAGGAGGGAUAUUUUGUGUUCCCUUAGGUGACUUUUUCCAUUGUCCUCUCCUUGUUGAGCUUCCAAAGAUUCCUCUUCUUUUAAUGGUGGGGCAGAGCUGUGCAGGCGGGGGCGGUCUGGCUAUGAGACGAAGAGUGGCAGCCACUGGGAGUUGUAGACAGGCCAUGAGCUGGCUCAAGACCAGGACGGGAGUCAGGAGACGGGGUUUGCAAGCCUGCUGUGCAGCAGCCCUACUGUGUGAGCCACACGAGCCCCGCCCUGGCCACCGCUGGCAUCUGUACUGGCGGGCCAGCAAGGAGGACCUUUGCAGGUUUGCCAGCAGUGUUGUCCUCCGGAGCCUUCAUUCAGCCCGGGGCUCUGAUCACACGGUCUCUCACUGGUCACCUUUACUAGGUCCUGCUUCAAGGUCGGGCCUGCUUUACCGGUGGCCAGGGUGGAGGUCCGGGUGGUCUCCAGGCUCCUGAGCAUUGGGCAAACCCACCCCCUCUCUCCACUCCAGUCUGCCCAGCUCGCAGCUGUGACAGCCUGGGCAAGGUGGGUGUCUUCUCUGGACCUCAGUCUCCUCCUCUGUAAAGUGGGGAUAAAAUUGAUUUAUCCAGUGAGAAGUUAAUGAGUGCUCAUAGAGGAAAUGAUACGAGGACUAAACGAAUCCAUAUAAACUGGGACAGAGCUCGGCACAUGGUCAGUGCUAUGUAAAUGCUAAUGAUUAUUACCAUUAUUAUUAAUAGUGGGUGCUCUCGGCACAAACAUGCAUCGUUCCUGUACUUGAAGGAGAGGAAUUGUGUCAAUAUCUGCUCUCUGGUUAUUUCAGACUCGUGAACUUGUUGAUAUUCGUUCUCCUGCCACCUUCUUACAAGGUGACCGAUUCUUCUCACAUGGAUUCUUGUAGGGAGAAGGGUGGCCAUUCAGGACCGUUGCCCAGUGCCAGAGCUGGGGAGGAGUCCUUGUUGCCCCUUCCUGGGGGGAAUUGAGAGAGAUUCAUUUGUCUUCAUUGAGUAAGGGCCAGAGGGACUUUCCAGAGUUCAGCUUGCCUCGAGGUUUCGGAAGAGAGCUAUUUUAGUCCAUCUGAGGACAUUGGGUGACAUCAGCUCAGUCAGCCGGGAGUCAGGGCAGGUCCCUGGAGGUCCUGCUUUAAUGGACAGAUAAGACCAGCCUCCAAAGAGCAGGAAAAUGCCUGUGUCCUCUUCCUGGACACGGGCAGGUCUUUGGAAGUUCACUCCUUUGGGAAAACCCCUUCUUCAGUGGGCAGACAGUGGGCCACAAACUGUCCCCUGGACCUCAAGGACACUCAGCUCCAAAGUGUCUCACUUUGCGAGCCACUUCUCCAGGCUAAGCCCACCUCCUGCACAAACGGGAAGCUAGGCUGACAACAUCCGAGGGCUCCCUUCCCUCCGCUCUCUUCAGGGAGCGAGAACAGCACAUGUCCCCUAUUAUUUAAUCUCCCACACCCCAUGAGCUCUGAUCGACCCCAUUUAACGGAGGGAAAAACUCAGGUCCAGAAAGGUGAAGUCACUUAGGACUGAGCAGGGAGGAAGGGGGCGCAGCCGUGACCGGAACCCAGGUCUGUCUGGGAGCACAGUUCACCUGCUUGACCACCACUCUGCUAAACGAAGCUUGGGAGUCCUCCCAGCCAUGAUACACAGACUAAUUCAAAUUCGGGGACACAAGGAAAAGCCACCACAGAGCAAAGGCUCUUUGCUUUUUGGACGGUGUCUCCCAGUCACUCAUUGACCAUUAUUUAAGGACUUGAAGUAGUGAUUCCAAUUUUCCAGGCUCCCUCAGCUGCCUUCUACUUGGGUGGUCCUUCCUGGGGUCUGACGUACAUUCUCCUUCACAGUUGUAAGUGAGUCCCUCGGCAUGUGUUCACUGAGCACCUGCUAAGUGGCCAGCAUACUGCUAGGCCCCAGGGAGGAGGAGACGGGUCAGGUCUUGGUGUGGCAGGCACAGAGCAUGCUCUUGGCUGGAGAAGGGAGAAGCAGGCUCGCGUGGGCCUGACUCCUGCAGUGAGGAGUCCAGUGAAGGGAGAUGACCCCACCCUUCUGCUCCAAGGGUCUGAAAGAGCAUGGCCCAAGGUCCUAUUUAUCAGGGGACAGGGUCUGGGAGGCCCUGAGAGUGAUGUAGGUGUCAGGGAGACAGAUCUGCGUUUGAAUCGCUACUCGUUGGCUGGGUGACCUUUGACACCUGUUUACUUGAGCUCUUAGCCUCAGUUUCCCUAUCUGUAAAACAGCAACCAUUGUCGUAAAAUGAUGGAACCUGAAUAGGAUUCAGUAAGUUGUGCUCGUGAGGUGCUCAGCAUGGGGCCUGCUACCUCCAUAGGAAUGUAAUCGGCCUUUAUGGUCUAGAGCAGUGGUACCCAGGCUGGUUUACUGGGAGAAUCUUUCAGGAACCGGUUUCUAAAAGGGCCCCACCUAAGCAUCCAGCUCUAUAGCUAGGCUGGGAUGGGCAAGGUAGAAGCUGAAUGCUUUACACUCCCCAGGGGGGGUUAAGCGGCCUUGGGGCAAGGCAGGCGGGUUCUGGAGCUAGUUCUGCAACUUCUGUGGGCCUUUGCUCUAGGCCUCUGGCUCCUGGUCUCUAUGGAGCACACCAGGGUGGUCUUUCUGGAAGUUCUCUGCUGCCCUCUAGUGGACACGGGGCACUCGUGCCUUCCAGCAGUGUAAUUCCUGCCACGUAAUUCACUAACGCUGUGCUAAGUGCCUGUGAUGACACGGGUCCCUCCAGUGCGUACACUUGGGGAGCAGGAAGGACUUUCACAAAUGUCCCUCACUGAGCUCUUAUUUCAGCUGUGUCAAGCGAGGUAUUAUCUCCAUUUACAGGUCUAGAUGAAGAAGGUGGGGCCGAGGAAGGAAAGGACUGCCCCACGGUCACCCAAGCAAGUCACAAGAGCUAGGACUCGUCUGUAGGUGGCCCAGCUCUUUGGUGGGGAGGAAAUAACAAAGCCUAGAAAUGGGUGAGCAGUGAGAACAUCCCUUCUCCCGAUGGCAGGUUCUGGGGUCCCGGGUGCUGCCCACCUCCAACUUCACCAUGAGUGGACAGGUUACACUCUGAGUCCAGGGGAACUGCAUAGAGUUAGGUAUCUGGGAAAAGGUCUGGGGCUGGAUACCUCCUCAUGGGGAAGGGAGGUCACCCUGCCAUCCCCUUCCCCCGUUAGCAGAAGAAGGCCCAAACCUUGACCACGCCCUCUGGUCUGAGUCCCAGCUGGUGUCUCUGAUGUCCCUGUUGGUCCAGUCACUGGGUCCUUCCUUCUUCCUGGAAAAGCUUGUAGGGAGUUGCUUUCUGGGCCUCCCCCGAUUCCAAAUCUGACCGGCCAUUCCCUUCUGAAAACCUGCCGGCACUCCCCACACGCUCCAGACUGACAAGCAGACCCCUCUCUCUGCCAGGCGUCACAGUCCUGCCUGCUGGGCCUCGGCCCCCUCCCCGGCCUCGCUCUCCCCACUUGUCUCUCCCCCCAAGCUCCAGCCCCGUGGUUUUGAUGGUUGUGCUUUGCUUUCCAAACGCAUCUCUGUUUCUCUCCAUCGGCCUCCUCUCUGGCUGUCGUCGUCCCUCUUUCCGGAACACCGUCUUCCCUCCUUGGGCCCCUGCGCGCUUUUGUCUGGUGAACCCCUCUCUGGGUUAGACUCCCCUCCCCUGGCCGCUGCUCCCCGAUCCCUGCAGGGACCAUCUGUCUCCCCAUCCUUUCCUCCCUCCCCCCCGCCCCCAUGGGGAGUGAGCACAGGGAGGUCUGUCAUAUGCUGCAUCAUACCCCCAGCGCCAGGCACAGAGUGCGGACCUGGUGAAUGAAGGAGUAAAUGAGUAAGUGAUGGAGGAAAGCCUCGGCACUAGAGUCAGGCCCAUGUGGCCCCCGGCUCAGCCGUAAGCUGGGUGACCUUGAACGAGUCCCACUCCUUCCCUGAGCCCCAAUGUGUUCAUCUGAAAAUGACCUUCCAUUCCUGCUGCAUGGGGCACAUCUGAGGCGCUGAGGCCUCCUACAUGGGUAGGUCCUCCCCCUGGUUCCGGAGGUGGCCAAUUCCUGUGCACUCUUGGGC